AUGUCUAAUUUGGUAAAAGAACUGUCUCACACUACAAGACCACCUCUACCGACGAAUAAUCCUCAUGAUUUACCGCUACCGCACCAAUUACUUCACCAUAACACUACGGCUGCCAACCAAGUCCUAGGUUUACCAGGGAUGUUCUCCACAUUCAACGCCGGUCAGUUAAAAAGGUUGAGAACUGUUGCAAUUACUUCAUCUGCAUUGUCACUAGCCUUUGGUGUCGUGGCGGUUUUCUGUCUUAUUAAUAUUGACAAAAGGCGUAAAGUCUUUAGACAUGACCUUCUGUUUUUCCUGAUCGUUUGUGGGUUUAUCAAAGCUUUGGUUCUUAUGAUCUAUCCGAUGGUGAUUUUAAUCAGAGACAGUGUCUAUUUUAAUCCAUACUUUUUUAACAUUUUGGGGUGGUUUACGGCAUACACGGUGGAAGGUUCAGAUUUAGCUAUCUUCUUCUUUGCAGUCCAUUUUGGGCUGCUGAUCUUUAGACCUUCCAGGAAAUGGCGAAACAGAAGAACAGGGAAUUUAGAAGGAGGCCUCUAUAGGAUGAGAGCUCUGAUAUGGCCAUUAACUGGUUCAAUACCGCUUUUGUUAGCUAGUCUAGCGUUCGUGGAUUUUACAAUUAUUGAUGAAAAGAAAUUACUAGAGGAAACUACAUUGGUGUUGUAUAAUCAAAGAUAUGAAUCCAAAAAUUAUGCAAGAAUUGGUGGCUAUAAGCCAUACAGCGCAUGGUGUUACUUGCCUCCAUAUCCCUUGUGGUACAAACUAGUUUUGAGUUGGGGACCCCGGUACUUUUUGAUUAUAUUCAUUUUAACUCUUUAUGCUGCCAUCUACGCAUUUGUGGUGAAGGAAAGCAGAAAGAUCAAGAGAGAAUUGGGCGAUUUUAGACGGAACAAUGAUGGAGAUGAAGAUAGAGGAAGAAAAAAAUCUGUGAAAAGCAGAAGCCUUCGAUUCUCGCGGUUUUUCACUAAGCCAAUUGCUGCUUUGAUGAGAGCCAUUAAAAGCUUUUGUAUCUCCACAGAUGACAUAAGCGAACAGGAAAGAGAUGUCUCAGGAGCAGGUACUCAAGAACAUGGCAUGUUCCUUUCCUUUUUCAACGGUAUGAAUGAAGCAAAUGGUCGAGGGGGUCACGACCACAACAAACAUACCGGCAACAACGAUGGUUAUCAUAAUGACAAUAAUAAUACUAAUACUAAUAAUCAUAAUUAUAACCAGAAUAAUAUUAUCGGUGCUGGAUUGGGUAAUGAUAGUGGGCGGGUUACGCGACAAAUGAUGGGAAACCCACACCAACUCCAUAUCGAUUCAGUUAUUCAAGAGGGCUGUGAAAAUUUAGACGAAGAAGAAGGCAACAGUCAAGUCUCUGAAGAUUUAUUUGGAGCACUAUCAAAUCCAAGCGGGUUGCACAACGAGAACGAAGCUCCCCCUUCUCCAGAGGAAGAUGAUCACCGAUUAAAGCCUAGUAAUUCAAAAAUGGGCGUAUCACCAAUUCACAGUAUAUUUAGACCAUUAGGUGGUAAAAAAAAUCAUCCUGAAAAAUCCAAUGCGCAUACAGAUCAGAAGAAAGAAAGGGUAAAUGAUGUGCAGGCAGAUUUCCAGAGACACACUUAUGCCGAAAUGAAAAGACGUAGAUUACAGAUUCAGAGAAACGUUAAGUUGAUUUUCGUCUAUCCGUUUUCGUAUAUCGCCAUUUGGAUUUUCCCCUUAGUGGUUGAUAUCACACAAUACAGGUAUGAAAUAACACACGGCCCUAUAGUUUGGCUAGCAUAUAUUGCCACCAUCGUACAGCCGCUAAACUGUUUUGUGGAUACGAUUGUCUUCCUGUUUAGAGAACGUCCAUGGAAAUAUUCUUGGCGUGAAGUGGAAACAAAGGAACUUAUGGAUGCCUAUAUGCUUAAGGGGGAACUAAAUGAAAGUGAUAUUGCGGAAUUAUGCUCCAGUGAAUUAGGUAGAAGAGGCUGGUACUUUCGUGGGAGACUUGAGAGGAAAGAUUGUUGGAGGCAUCAACCAGCAAGAUGGAAACGUAUCGCUUGGUAUCUUUACCGUUUCUUUAAAGGAACUUUCAAAAAAGAUUACGAUUUUAAAGAUAACUGCAAUGACGAAAACUAUUGGAAUCAGUAUUACUCUGCCAAUACAAAAUCCCGUAGCGGAACCACACAAAAACACCCAUCAUUGCAAAAGGAGAGACAAUUUUCGUUCCCAUCUGAUUCCACAACGUUGAGUGAUGCUGCUGCUCAGCAUAACAACGUUAAUAAACGCUUGUCGGUACCCAAUGAAUCUGAAUAUACAAAAGUGCCAUUAUUCUGGAAAGCCAUUCAUUUUCUCCCCAUGUUGAGAGCUAUUGAUUUGGACGAAGUGAAUCGACAAAUUCGUUUGAAAUCUAAAGAUGACGAUUUUGUUAUCCCCGGAUUACAAGCUGUACUAGGUGCAAGUCAUGAUAAUGAUAAUAAAAAUAACAUUGAUACUCGCCGGGCGAGUGUCGCUGAUGGUGGUACAGGCAUUUUCAAACCAGGUUACUCACUCUCGGCUACCAGAAGUGAGGAUAUUGGCGGAUUACCCACUAGAUGGGAGCCAUCUGCAGAAAACCCCCAUAUUAACACUAAUGCUAGUGCUACCGAUGGCGAAGGUCGUAGUAGAAAUGGAACAAGUGUUCCCACUGCUGUAAAUAUGGACUUCAGCGACGUGGUGGGAGAAGGCCCUCACGGUCCUGCAUCGAAGAAACUAUCAUUGGCAACUGUCACACAAGAUGAUGCUAUUGAUAUGCUGGCAUUUUUAAAAGGUCCUACAACAUAG